UGCCAGCAACGGCGAACGGAGAGUCGGAACUCUCGCCGCGGUCCCUUGACAGUUUUCCCGCCGGAGUUGGCUGUCAAAAAGCCAAUCACGUAACAAAUUUAAUUAGAUGCGUUUCACGAGUUUGCAAACGCUGUUGUUUUUGACGUUAAAUUAUUACUUGUUAAGUGCUUGCUACCAUAUGUUUUAAUAUAGAUAAUUUGUAGAUAUUGUGGUUGUGUUUUAAACUUUUAGCCCAGUGUUGUUCUACGAAAGUGAUUGUGCGUACUAUUUAAAAUAUUAAAACAAGUGUCGCUCAAUUAUAUUAUUAUAAUUUGGUACACUAUGAGAGGAUUAACGUAAUAGGAUGUGCGUGUGUGAGUGGCGAACUAUAAGCAAAGUGCUUAAAAAUUAGAUGGGAUUAAAGUGACGGCGAAGUGAUUUGACAUAUGAGACGUUUACAGAGUAUCAAAUAACAGGUAGCAUGGAGGCUAUUCUGUCAACAGGGGGUCGUGUUGUCGUUGUUUUCUUGGCUGCGGGAAUAUGGGGCUUAGGUGUACGAGGUCUUCAUAACUUAGAAAUAAAUGUGCCGAAUGCAGUGCUAGUAGGUGAGACAGUCACUCUGGAAUGCACGUGGCAAUUAGAAGAAGAAGAAGCCCUAUACAGCGUUAAAUGGUACAGGGGGAGAGAAGAAUUCUAUAGAUACAUACCAAAGGAACUGCCGCACACGAGAGUUUUUCCACUUCCUGGAAUCGAAGUUGAUAUAUCGCGAUCGGGGGCAAGGCGAGUGGUGCUGCAAGAGGCAACCCCAGCGAUGGCUGGUCGCUUCCGGUGCGAAGUGUCAGCAGAUGCACCCACCUUCCAUACGGAAAUACGAUCGGCACCACUAGAAAUCGUUGAAACUCCUGAAUGGGGACCUCGACUGGUGUCAGAUCGGUCGUGGUACGGCGUGGGAUCAACCUUGCGUGCGACAUGUGCUUCUCCACCAUCACACCCACCAGUCAAUCUCACUUUCGCGCUGAAUGGUCGUGAGAUUGACAUGGACUCAUUUGUUCACGAAUUACCAGAUUGGUUCAAAUGGGAUCCUCCCUUAAAAAGUGAUACUACAACAACUGAACUGCCGGAAGAUCUUAACCUAAAUAUAUUUCACGAUGAUAACAAUAUUCAAUACUUGGAUGAGACAUACAUAAACUUGCACAAAGAGGAAAUCCGACGGCCCCCGAAGGAGAGUUUAAGACAAGUAAUUGAGAGAACGGGGGCAGACGACCGGCUGCCAUCAGUGGGGGAAGUUGUGUUCGUAGUUCGACAUGAAGCUUUUGAAAGAGGCACACUUCGACUGACUUGCAUAGCUAGCAUAUACAAUUUAUAUUCUGGACGUUCUGAACUCAUUUUCGACAUAGAACAGCCUGAAGUGGCUUCGGUGUUAGGCGUGCGAAAUAGUGCUGAAGAGUCAAGCCUCGCCUGUAAUUUGUGGCUGUCAGCAUUAAUUUUAUCCAGCAUUUUUAAUGCUCGGUAGUUAUUCCAGUGAGGACUUAAUGGAUUUCGUGGAAAAUUGUUUGUGAAAAUCUAACAAGUUUUUACCUUUAGUUGGUAGAAACACUUCUCAUGACACAUAUCCAAUUGAAUAUAUAUUUCCUUAAAAAUCUAUAACGUGUUAGAUAAAGAUCCAGAGGCCAAACUACGAUAAGUAAUAAUAAUGAAAUAUAUCUAUCUAAAUAGGUCUUUGCUAAGAGUAGCACAAAUAUGUGACUUAUAAUACAAUACAGUAUAGAACAGUACUUUUACUUAAUACUAGAUCGCCCGAAUCGCCGCACGCAUACAUGCAUAUGAUUUACACAUCCGCUUAGCAAUCUUGGGAAGACGAACCUAUUGAGUGCCACGCCCUACGCUGCCGAGACUGGUCGUUAUCCGAGUUCAAUUAGAUGCACCGCACCGUCAGCAUCGUCAAUCUUUUUAACCGACUUCAAAAAAAGAACAGGUUCUCAAUACGUCGGUAUGUUUUUUUUAUGUGUGUUACCUCAGAAAUUUCGACUGGGUGAACCGAUUUUGAUAAUUCUUUUUUUAUUUGAAAACUGGUGUUUCCCGUGUGGUACCAUUCCAAAUUUAACAAUAAUCGUAAAUAGAAUUUGAUUGUAUUAAAAAAACGCAUUAUUUUUAUACUUUUUACUGAAUAUUAUAUCUAUUGACUUGGAAUAGUGUUUUUGAAGUCGGUUGUUUAUUUGUUAAUUUUUUUUGUGUGCCAACCCUAGCGCUCCACCAAGUCGUAGGUAUAAAUUUCAAGGCUACCGCUGCGUAACGCUACUGUUCUUGUACUUGUAUUGUGCUUAUGACUAGUAUUUGAAAAUAUACUAACUACUAUCUUAUGCUACAAACCUAUGUAAGACCGAAGUACCGUGUUUAAAGGAGUUAUAAUAAUCAAAUUCUGUUUAAGUGAAUUGAAUUAUUUAAAAUUGUAAAACAUUGGUUACAUUUUUAGAAAAAGUAACCUUCUUAAAGACUGACUUAACUAUAAUAUAAUUUCUUGGACUAGGUAAUAAGAAUCCAAUUCAAAUGAGUAUUAAUAUUAUUUGAAAUGUUAUUUCUCUCUUAGAUUUAAUUAAUACUAUUAUAAAAGCAGUGUAUAUCUACAAUCCAGACUUAUACCUACGUUACGCUGUAAAUAAUAAUAUGAUAUUCUUAGAUUAAGGAUUGGUCUCCGCUGCGCUCCAACUAGAUAGCGCACUACCUAAGAACAAUAGCUUUGUUAUUACAGCAACUAUUAGAUGCUUGUGUGCGUGGCAUCUUGACACUCAAUGACAUCUUUAUAAUGUUGUAACAUACGCUUCGUAUUAUUUUACACUGAAAUUAAUAAAAUACAAAAUACUUACUGAUGAUAUGCGAGUGUCUUUCUUAUUUCUUGUAGUAUUAUUUUUACAAAGUCUUAAAAGGCAUUUAAUUUCUGAUAAUUGACUCCUUUAGAAUUCUUUUUGAUGUCAUUUCUAAUAUACUACUAUAUACUACUUUGGAAACAAAUGCCACUCUGAGAGAGAAGAAGCAAGAAACUCUCCCAGCAUUCUUUUUUUGCGCUCUUUAUAAUAUUGUAUUGUCAUUGCUAUUGCUAUAAAAUAAUCAUAAUCUAGUCCCAGGCUGUCGGAUCACUUAUAUAUUCAGCCGUGGAGUAGUAGGAUUUACAACUAAGCCAGUUUGUAAUAAAAUAUUUAAAUUAAUUCCAUUCACAUUGUCCGGGACUGGUUCGAGUACGCCCACUUGGGCGUAGUAUUGUUGCUACACUUUGCGACUACGCUUGCGGUAUCCAGUUGGAACGCAGCGGAGACCAAUCCUGAAUCGAAUGAUAUUAUUUAUUGUUAAAUAUACUAUGAUUAUUAAUAGAUACUUAUAAGAAAUAUUAUAUUUAUGUUAAUAUAAUGGACAUAUUAUGUGCAUACAAUGAGGAAUAACUAAAUUCAAAGAGGUGUAUUAUUAUAAUUAAUAAAAAUUGAAUUUAUUACAAUAAUUGUUUCCCGAUAGUUAUUUUCAGUGAUUUUUGUGAGGCUACACGGAAUAGUUUUGUGAAAUGUAUCCAAUUGAAAUUACUCUAUUGUAAAUAAACUACAUUAUUAGCAAGAGAAGAUAUGAAAUAAAUAAUGUUGAUAAUA